AUGCAUGAAAUUAUAACACUUCAAUUGGGUCAACGAGCCAACUACUUGGCGACUCAUUUUUGGAACCUUCAGGAAUCCUACUUUACAUAUAAUGAAGGCGAAGAAUCACCAAUUGAUCACGAUGUUCAUUUUAGAGCCGGCGUAGGGGCUGAUGGAUCAGAAACCUACACCCCAAGGACCCUGAUAUAUGACUUGAAGGGCGCCUUUGGAACUCUCCGCAAGCAGAAUGCACUCUAUGAGUUAAGCACGGAUUCAGAGUACGGUCAAGGUCUAUGGGACGGGAAAGAAGUCAUCCAAAAGCAAACACCGAUCAUACCGAGCGAGUAUCAAUUAAAUCUCGAACAAGGGCUUCCGGCUCCGGCUCUAUCAUCCGAGACGGUUCGUUACUGGUCCGAUUACAAUCGGGUUUUCUACCAUCCACGCUCAAUAAUCCAACUCAACGAUUACGAACUGAACUCAAAGAUCAUGCCAUUUGAAGACUGGGACGUUGGCGAAGACCUGUUCAAUGAUCUAGAUAAGGAGCAUGAUUUACUUGACCGUGAUGUGAGACCCUUCGCGGAAGAGUGCGAUCAGCUACGCGCAUUUCAGUUGUUCGCGGGCUCUGACGAUGCGUGGGGUGGAUUUGCUGCAAAAUAUCUGGACAGAAUAAGAGAUGAGUACGGGAAGAAGGCUGUUUGGGUGUGGGCUAUGGAAGGUGGGAGCAAGCUUCAACGCCGCAAUCAACUCAAAAGAGAUAUCAACAAAGCACGAUCCAUACACGCUAUGGCCCCUCAGUCAUCGUUAUAUGUGCCUAUCAAAGAUCCCCCAGGUCAUGUCCCCAGCACAAUCAACCUUGAUGCUCAGUCUGAAUGGCAGACUUCGGCAUUAAUCAGCUCGGCCCUGGAGACUGUGACGCUUCCGACCCGUCUUCGCCCAUACCAUGAUUUUGAGACUUCCCUGGCAGGAGAAGACGGUAUGCAUAAAAUUUUCGAAUUGCAGUCGACAAUACUUCCUGAGGAUAAGACUCCGACCGGAGCCGCUGGAGGCAACGAAGCAUCGACAGAGGCAACCUCGAAAGUCAAAACUGAAUUCGAUAUGGACUUUACAUAUGAUGACCCGCAGAACAGAAAUUCGCACAUAUUUAAUCAGGUUCAAAUUACCCGGGGAUACAGUCCCGUGACAGAUGAAGCUAGUAUUAGAGAGGAUCUCGGACUGUCGCGAAAGAAAAGAUUUUACAACUCUGAGCCAAUGCUUGAAAGCUUUUACACUCCGUUGGCUUUUCCUACCCUCGACAGCUUUCCGCACAACUUGUUCCCGGUAAAGGAGUCAAAUGCGAAGAUUAACAUCCUUGCAUCCUUGACAGCCUCGUCACGGACUGCAGGGAAACUCAGGGCCAUGGAAGUAGUUGCCAGACGGGUCGUGGGGGUUGAUGAACGAGAAAAUCUGGUGAAUGGCUUGGGAGAGAUCCGUGAAUCUUAUGAAACAGGAUGGAUGAGCGACUCGGAUUUUGAUGACGACUGA